GCAUACCUACAGUAAACAUGUUAAGGAAUGCUAUCUGACAAACCUUGUGGGAUUUUCUGAUAUUAAGCAACAGGUACAUCGAUGAUAUUUUUUGCAUGGUCGAUUACCCCUUUGAUAUGUUAGGUGUCUCUGAGAUAUCAAAUCAGGAUAUCAACAUAAACGUUGGUGCUUGUUAGGGAAAUAAAAUCAGGUCAAUAUGGCGAGUAAUGCGGGCCGUAUAGACAACUGGGCGGACAGUCUGGUGCUUGUUAUAUACUUUACUGCUGUACUGGCCAUAGGACUAUGGUCAAUGAGGCGAUCGAACCGGGGAAAUGUGAAAAGUUACUUUCUGGCAGGUCAUUCUAUGCCCUGGAUAACGGUCGGAGCGUCUUUAUUUUCCAGUAAUAUCGGAAGUGAGCACUUUGUAGGUCUUGCUGGGUCUGCGGCUUCAAGUGGAAUCGCCAAUAUCACGUUUGAAUGGAUGUCGACAUUCCCCAUUUUGCUGCUAGGAUGGUAUUUCCUUCCCGUCUAUAUAUCUGCUGGUGUUUAUACACUACCAGAGUAUAUGGAGAGGCGCCUUGGGGGAAACAAGAUCCGGACAUAUCUCUCUUGUCUGUCGCUAUUGCUCGCCAUCGUCACCAAACUGGCGGUAAGUAUGUUCGCUGGUUCCCUGUUCUUACAAAUGUCUACCGGAUGGAACAUGUAUGUAUCUGUCAUCAUCCUUCUGGCUGUCACAGGUUUUUACACCAUAUUAGGGGGCCUUACUGCUGUCAUGUACACAGACACCUUUCAGACGGGUGUGAUGACAAUCGGUGCCUUCGUGUUACUGGGUGUUGGGAUGAAUGAAGUGGGAAGUUUUGAAAACCUUGAAAAGCGAUAUAUGAAUUCAUCGGCUACCAAACGACUUGUUAACUCCAGUUGUGGCUUGCCGAGGAAAGAUGCCUUUCACGUGUUUCUAGAUCCCGCCGGAAGUGAGCAGCCGUGGCCCGGACUUAUCAUAUCUGCCUCCCUGAUUUGUUUGGCGUAUUGGUGUUGUGAUCAGAUAAUUGUACAGCGAUCACUAGCGGCAAAAAACAUUGAACACGCUAAAGGAGGAUCAAUCAUGGCGGCUUCUCUUAAAAUUCUUCCUCUGUUUCUGAUGGUAAUUCCUGGACUGAUCAGUCGUGUAUUGUUUCCAGAUGAAGUAGCAUGUGCCGACCCUGACGAGUGUAUGAGAAUAUGUGAAAAUCCUGUUGGUUGUUCUAAUAUCGCCUAUCCUAAGAUGGUCCUAGAACUUCUACCUGACGGACUUCGCGGAUUCCUUAUGGCUGUGAUUUUGUCCGCCAUCAUGAGUUCCCUAACAUCCAUCUUCAACAGCUCUAGUACUUUGUUUACCAUGGAUCUAUGGCGGAGAUUUCGACCACGAUCUACCCAGAGGGAACUACUAAUUGUUGGAAGAGUCGUCAUUCUGGUUAUGUGUGGAUUAAGUAUCGUCUGGCUUCCGCUGAUUAAAAGCUCUCAAGGGGGACAGCUUUUCAACUAUAUUAAUAUGGUGCAAGCCAAUAUAAUGGCUCCUGUGGGUGCUGCGUUUGUGCUGACAAUUUUUUGGACUAGAACCACUGAGUGGGGGAUUAUCGGCGGGCUUAUGAUAGCGCAUGGAUGCGGAAUUAUACGACUGGUGUUGGAGUUUGUGUACCCAGCGCCACCAUGUGGAGAGCCUGAAACGAGGCCUGCUGUAUUGUAUAAAGUUCAUUUUCUUUACUUCGGCACUCUUCUAGCUUUUCUUACUCCGCUUGCCAUAGUGAUCCUCAGCAAGGUAACUACAGGGAGGAAUGCAGAAGAGUUAGAAGGACUCACCUGGUGGACAAGAGUAAAAUAUACUCCUAAAUCGAGUAACCAUCUCGGUGAAGAGGGCAUACCUACUGAUGAGGAAUACGACAGCAAACUUAAAGUAAAGGCGGAGAGCUUGAAUCUACCUGGCAUCAACCUAAAGGAGCCUAGCCCAGAUGACUAUCAGGGAGACAUAGUCCUUCCUCAAAACCAGAACGAGCAAGGAACCUGCAAGCAGAAAUUCUUCGUGUUUCUAUUUGGAAAGCCAGAAAAGGGAAGAGAGAUAACUGUCAUGACUUUGCGCCAAAAACAAAUCUUUAUGAGGGAACGACCAAAGUUUAAAUGGUUUUUGAACGCAUGCACAGUUUUUGUUAUAGGGGCAGUGAUGUUCCUUUUCGGCUAUUUUGCAUAACUUUUCAAGAUUUUUUCUGUUCUGGCAAAACGUUAUAUAUUUAACGUACCCAUGGAAUGCUGUACAUCAACAAUUACAUUACAUUGAGUAAUUUUAAUAACUGUAUUAAUACAUAUGGAAACAGCAAAUAUAACAUUGAUAUGGAUUUCGAAUAAAAAUACUGAAUGCGUAGAAUAAUU